AGUAAAACGUCAAAAAAAUGUAUUGGAAUUUUCUGCUUGAUACAGUUAAUUUACGUAAAAAAUAAGCUCCUAAAAAGUCUCCUCUAUUGUAAUUAUAACUAGUGAUACGAGAAACAUUUCUGUGUGUUGUGAUAUAUAAUUAGUGGUGUGUAUUUAGAUGGUUUUCUUUCUGUGAAGCGGAUAACAUUGUAAUCGCUCGGUGAGUAUAAUGAAUUCGCGCAGUUAAAAUUUACCCAGAAAAGUAAGGUAGGAGCACAAGAUGGCGUCGGUGUGGAAGCGGCUGCAGCGCGUCAACAAGCGCGCGGCCAAGUUCCAGUACACCGCCUCCUACCACCGCAUUGACUUGGAAGUCACCCCCAAGUGGAAACCCAACAAACUCAGCAUAGUGUGGACGCGGCGGUCCCGGCGAGUGUUCACCGAGCCGCAGGAAUGGGAGCCCUCACUCAAAGAUCCUCUCAAGGGAUCAGUGAUCUACACGCUGCCUCUGAACCACACGGUGGCGGUGACGCUGUUCAAGGACUCGCGCACCAACGAGCUGGAGGACAAGGACUGGACCUUCGUGCUGGAAGAUGUGUCAGUAACAGGCAAGCGUCGCCGCAUAGCAUCGUGCGCGAUCAACAUGCGCAAGUUUGCCAGUCUGGAGCCUACGUCACGCACAUUAAAGCUUCAGCUCGAGCCAGCUACGGGCAAGGUGCGCUGCGCUUCGCUGCACGCCACAUUGCACUGCGUGUUGCUGCGAGAGGGACGCGCCACUGACGAAGACAUGCAAUCGCUGGCUUCUUUACUAUCAGUCAACAACAACUCCGAUAUAGCUGUUUUAGAAGAUCUGGAUGAAGACGACUACACCCUCUCCGACCAAUCCACUAGACAGAUGCUAGACCUCCGCCAACAAAUGGAAGAGAUGACCCAAAGCCUGACCAACAGCGACAUAGCGGCCACACCCAACAGCGUCCAAAGUCUCAAGUUCGACUCCCGCACGCCCACCGCGCCCGUAUCGCCGACCACGCCCACUAAGACCGCCACGCCCACUAAUGAGCCGGAGGAGGAGCUGAAGAUUGAAGAGACACAGAAACCUAAGGCUGCUGAGAGUCUCAAGUUCGACUACCGCACGCCCACCGCGCCCGUGUCGCCGACCACGCCCACCGCGCCCGCCACGCCCACUAAUGAGCCGGAGGAGGAUCUGAACAUUAUAGAGAGCCAGAAACCUAAGGCUGCUGAGCCCCCAAAAUUCACCUCCACACCCAAGAGCGACGAGCUAAAAGGCGUAGUGUUCAAGCCAAAGACGAUAGCCAAGCGGAACCUCAAGCCUUUAGAGCUGAAGACGCCUCUCAGCUGCAUCAACCUGGACAGCAAUGACAACGAGAGCGGCGAGCGCACGCCGACUGCCCGCCCCGACCGGAAUGAUAAGGACAAGACGCCGGUGCAAGACCUACUAGAGUGGUGCCAGGUGGUAACAGGGGAAUACAAGGCUUGCCGCGUCACCAACCUCACUACUAGCUUCCGGUCUGGCCUGGCCUUCUGCGCCAUCAUACACCGCUUCCGACCGGACCUUAUUGACUUCUCGGGGCUCCAACCGGACGAUGCGGAAAGGAACCUCAGAGUGGCGCUAGAAGCGAGUGGCUCACUAGGCCUCCCACGAGUGCUGUGCGCGGCCGACGUCCUCUCACGACCGACGCCCGAUCGCCUGGCUAUCAUGACAUACCUCUUCCAACUGCGAGCGCAUUUCACCGGCAACGAAUUGCAGGUUGAACAAUUAGGCAACGACGAGACGGAGUCAUCUUACCUAGUGGGUCGGCAUGACACUGACGCGGCGUUACCGAGGGAGCUAUUCAGCCGAGAGGUCAGCGCGCGCCGCUCAAGGAACACCAUCGACCGACCGAGACCUAUGUCGCAGGAGUCCCAGCCAGUAUCGGAGCCACGCGUUGACCCAGUGCCGGAGCAGCCGGCGUCGCCUGCCGCCAAAGACGUCCGGGACAUGCUCGUGGCUUCCAGGACUCUGCUCGGGAAGGUGUUGUCGCCGGCGCGGGAGCUAGCCAAGCCGACGGCCAAGUGGUUCGCCGAACCGAUCGGCAGGGUCGACACCACUAAACACAUUGAGCCUCCCCCCGCGCGACCGGAAAAACUAAUGACCCGUAAAGAGCUCACCGACCCUUUCGGCUCCGACGACGAGGACGAGGCACCACCCCCCGCUGCCAUACAGACCCCUCAUGAGGAUAAUAAUGACACUGUGAAAUCAGAACAAAAACCACCAACAAUAGAGCCGGCGCUUACAGACCCGCUCACCACGCCGGAAAAACCAGACACCCCGCCGGAAACCGCGCCGGAAUCCGCGCCCGAAGCGGGCUCGCCUAAACCGCCGUCGCCGGAAUUACCCAAGCCUACGCCGCAAUUGUUGUCGAGACACGACGAGCUUAAAGAGCGAGCGAGACAGCUGCUGGAGGCGACGAAAAGAGAAGCGAGGGAGAAGGACAGACUGAGGCGGCAAGCUUCUAAGGAAAAAGAGGAGAGAGAAGCGCUGAAAGAAAACGGGAUAAGGAAUGGAGAGUUGAGUCCUGUUAAAAAGCCAAUGACAGAGGAGGAGCGACAAGCAAUGCUCCGCGAGCGAGCGAGAAAGCUGAUAGCCGACGCGCGCGCUGGUAUCGUUAGUCCUACGUCACCUUUGUCACCGUCCCGCAACCGCGGGCCCACGCUAGAAAUCAUUAGCAAGCAGUCGCUUAUGGACGAGAUUGCUGCUGCGGGCGGCGUGGAGCAACUAGACGCCAUGCUGGCACGAACCACCAACGGCAGCGGGCCCGGCUCCACGCACUCCAGCCCGGGCUCCAGGAACAGCUCCGUCAGCCCCGACCGAUCAGAAGAGCGUGGCAGCUCUGGCGGCAGCGCGGACGGCAAGCGGUCGCCGCUGCAGUCCUUUUCGGCCUUCAUGGAGCGCCUCACGCCCGACAAGGAGCCCGACGAGAGUCGUGAGACGGGUUCGUACAUCCAAAGCGAGCUGGAAGCGUUAGAGCGCGAACAGAAAGCGAUCGACGAGCGAGCCGCCGCGCUUGAGAAACAGCUGAGGAGGGUCAUGGAAUCCGCUGACAAUACUGAGGAGGAGGACCGUCUGAUGUCGCAGUGGUUCAACCUGGUGAAUAAGAAGAACGCGCUACUUCGUAGGCAGAUGCAGUUGAACAUACUCGAGCAAGAGGAAGACCUGAGCCGUCGUUGUGAGUUGUUAGCGCGCGAGUUGCGGCUUUCGCUGGGCGUCGACGAGUGGCGCAAGACGCCCGGACAGAAGCGCCGAGAGCGCCUGUUGUUACAGGAGCUGUUGUCAGCGGUGAACGAAAGAGAUAGGCUUGUACAAGAAAUGGAUGAGCAAGAGAAAGCGAUAGCGGACGACGAAACGAUAGAACGAAACCUGUCCCAAGUGGAAAUACAAAGGAAAAACAACUGUAUCUUACAGUAACAGCUUACACGACAGUCGAUUAUUUAUUUAACUUAAAUAAUAAUUAUAUAAUACGCGCGGGAUGUGGUGCGUCAAUGGAUUGGUGCUAAAAUUGGAUAUGUUCGGUUUUUCAGCUUACUGGUUAUACAGGGUGUUAG